AUGCCACAUCCGUUAGCUGCCCCACCCCCCAUGGUCACGCCGAGUCCCGCCCCCCGCCCCCAGUUCGCGGCCCCGCCCUCCAUUCACCCUUCCCGUUGCCCCCACCACGCCCUCCCUCGCGCGCCCCGCCCUCCACUCGCUGUUAGCCCCAGCCCCGCCCUCCCCGUGGCUAGUCGCGCCCCACCCGCCGCCCUUUUGCGCACGCGUGUCCCCUCCUGCGCGCGGCACCUGGGAGGACUGAGCCCCUCCUUCACGGGCGGCGGCCGUCGACCGUUGGCGCGAGGAAGUCGGCGGUCGUGCGCGCCGCUUCCCGGGCACGUCCCGCCCCGUACUUCCAGGGCGGGCGCAAAGACUAAGGGGGCUAGUACCCGAGGCGGUGACGCCACCGAGAGCCAGCCAAUGGGCAGCGGGCGGGCAGAGCCCCAGCGGUUCGAACAGAAAGGCAAGGAAAGGGCGGGAGGAAAGAGCCAGCAGUUCGGGAGCGCGCGCCGGCCCCACCUCGGGACUCCGAGGUUUGGAGGAGGUGAAAAGGCCUGAGAGAUGGAAGCCCCACAACAAAAUACAGGAGCGGAGAGAGGAGGCUUUCAUUUCCAGCAAUACUCUCUACUAGAGACCUCCAACCUCUUCCACUGUAAAAUCCUUAAACUGAGAUAAAAUAGUAAUAGCAACGAGCACCCAUUUAGGAAUUAGCACUCCUUAGAAAAGUGGAUCAGUUGAAGUCUGGAGGAGGAAAUGUACAAGUUGAAUCUGAAAAAAGACUACUAGGGUUGUGUCUAAAGGACACUGGCGCCAACCUGAAGGAGGUUCCUAAUGGCCAAAUAUGGGGCAAUUUGAGCAUCAGAAAGAAUGACUGUGGUCGGGCUCGGUGGCUCACGCCUGUAAUCCCAACACCUUUGGAGGCUACAAUGAACUUUGAUUGAGCCACUGAAUUCCAGCCUGGGCAACAGACCAAAACCCUGUCUAAAAAAAAAAAAAAAAGUAAC